CAACAACGAAAGACGAUAGAGCUACUGCAGGAGGAGCCUGUCUGUUACACCGACGUCGGUUGCUUUUCCCGGCGGGACCGCAUGACCCAUCCGAUAGCUCUGCCCCAGGACCCACGAGACGUGGGCACGCAGUUCCACGUGUACAGCCGGCGCAACAACGACAUUCCGACAGUGUUUAUGGAAACAGGGCCGAAAUCGAUCGCUUCCUAUGCUCAUAUAUUCCGGGAACCGAGGAAACUGGUGGUCCUCAUACACGGAUUCACGCAGUCCGUAGGUUCUCGGUGGCUCCAUUACACCAAGGAGGCUCUGCUCAAGAAGGAGGACGCCAACGUCAUACUGGUCGACUGGGCUAACGGCUGUCGCGCCCCGCACUACUUUGCGGCGGUGGGCAACAGCGCACUCAUCGGGCGCCAAGUGUCACUGGCACUGCAAUCAUUGGUGCACCAGUUUCCCGAAGCUGUGGAUCCGGCCAACAUACACGUAAUCGGCUUUAGCCUAGGCGGCCAAGCGUGUGGCUUCUGCGGCCGCCACUUUCUCAACACGACCGGACGCAGUUUGGGCCGCAUCACUGCUCUAGAUCCGGCUGGACCUCUCUUUGAGGAGAGCGAUGUCCACGUGAGCACGGCGGAUGCGAACUUCGUCGACAUCAUCCGCACCAGUUACGGGUGGAAUGUGCUCGAGGGGGACCUUGGCAUGCAGACUACCGCCGGCCACUUGGACUUUUAUCCCGAUUUCCAGCAAAGGCAACCUGGUUGGGACACUUUUAGUCUUUCAUGCCGUCACCGUAGGGCGCACAUAUAUUUUGUCGAAUCCCUCCUGAAUGAAGCAUGCAAGUUUGUGUCCACUGCAUGCCAGCCGGAUGCUACCGACCCACGAUGUGACCAACUUCCCAGGGGCGAAAUGGGCUACGAGAGCGAAAAUGCUGGUGGACGUU